GUUUAUACAUGUCUUCCGUUACAGGAAUUUUACCGCGAUGGACCCUGAGGCUUCUUUUUCCGAUGAAACUCUCUCGGCCUCCGUUUCCAUGCGACGCCGUUCUCAUUCGUUUUCAGACGACUAUUCGGUACAACGCACCAAUGAUGAUGCGACGCAAUGCAAAUUUGCCGCUGUUCAGCUUGGUUAUUGGAAAGAUGAUUUUCUGCCUCGUUUCGCGUACUCGUGCGGUGCUGAUCAAAAUUCUCGUCGUGAUCCUGAAAUUUCGAUUGGAUAUUGGGCACGAGUGUCCGCUGUCAAUCUGCUCGUCGAACGCUUCAUAGAAAAGACACAAGGGCAGUGCCAAAUCAUCAGCAUUGGAUGUGGAUUCGAUACUCUAUAUUGGCGACUUAAGUCGGCUGGUAAAUCAGUGAAGAAGUUUGUGGACGUUGAUUUCAGCUCUGUGACCGCUAAGAAAAUCCGUCAGAUUCGUAAACCUGGAACUCCGGACUUGGUCAGCCUUUUCAGUGAACCGCCUAAGGAGUCACAACAUACCGAUUUACAUUGUGGUGACUAUCACCUCGUUGGCGCCGAUCUUCGUCAAUGGGCCGAAUUCAAGGCGAAAUUGGAAUCUGUCGGAAUCGAUACCAAACUCCCAACACUAUUUCUAGCGGAGUGCGUUCUCGUCUACAUAUCUGUGGACCAAAGCGCAGAGCUUCUCAAACACAUUGCUGAAUUUUUCGAUACUGUCGCAUUCAUUAAUUAUGAGCAGGUGCGCAUAAAAGAUGCUUUUGGAAAUGUUAUGCAGAAAAACUUGGAGCAAAGAGGUAUAUUUCUUCCUGGUUUGCCUGCUUGUGGUGACAUCGAUUCGCAGAAAUCCAGAUUCACUGAUAAUGGUUGGAACAAUGUUACGGUGUUGGAUAUGAAUACGAUUUAUAAGAAGCUCUUGCCUAAAAAUGAAGUAUCCAGGAUAGAGAGUAUCGAGCACCUGGACGAAAUGGAACUUUUACGACAACUUCUCGACCAUUACUGCCUCGGUUACGCAUUUAACGAUAAAACUGAGAAGUACACAAGUCGUCUAGUAUUUCCCGAGUUAAUGUCACUUGCUCAGUGGAAACUUGACUAUAGUGGUUCAUCUCGGAAUUGCCGAACAGCUGACAGUGCGUACAAUCCGCCCGGUUUCCACUCAGGUGCAACUUCUGCCCAACAUCAUGUGGACAGUGAACAAGCUUCGGAGCAGCAAGAGCAUCUGGCUAAGAAGCGUGCGUGGGAUGUUGCAAUGGCCCCAGCCAAAAGCCUUCCUAUGAACAUGUUCAUGAUGUACAUGGCAGGAAGAAGUGUGUCGAUCUUUCCAAUCAUGAUGGUAGGGAUGAUGCUGUGGCGUCCAGCGAAAGCCCUGUUUGCUGUCAACGCUACAUUCAAACCCUUAGAGGAUCAAAACACUGGAAGCAUGAUUGUCCAUAAAAUUAUCUUUAUUCUUGGAAAUCUUGGAGCUAUAGCUCUCGCUAUCUACAAGGUACACACCAUGGGUCUCUUGCCUAAUACACCUUCCGACUGGCUAGAAUUUAUCCCACAACCGCAGCGAGUACAGUAUUCCAUUGUAAGCACUGUAUGUAACAAAUGGAUGUCGAGUUGUUCUGUACUAUCGUUUGUAAGAUGUUCAAUCUUGAUUUUCUCAACCAGACAUCUGAGGAUGCUUCGAGCUAGUGGAAAUUCCAAGUACUUGCAACGAUUGAUGUCAUCAGUCAAUGCCCCACUAGUCAAAAAAAUCAGUCGCGUCCUCAUAGCCAAUCGAGGAGAAAUCGCCAUUCGUGUUAUGAAGAGUGCCCGGAAAAUGGGUAUCGAAAGCGUGGCAGUCUUCUCUGACGCGGACAGGAAUGCGCUUUUUGUCAAAAAAGCUGAUAAGGCAUUUCAUAUUGGCCCACCAGCAGCGGCGGAAAGCUAUUUGAAUAUUGAUAAGAUCAUCGAUACAGCUCUUUCUGCUGGUGCUCAGGGCAUCCAUCCUGGAUAUGGGUUUCUUUCUGAGAACGCCAAGUUCGCUGAACGCUGUGCCGAGGCUGGCAUUGUCUUUAUAGGACCGCCUGUGAAGGCUAUCCGAGAUAUGGGCACCAAGAGCCUUGCAAAGCAAAUCAUGCAAGAUGCAAAGGUACCCGUAGUUCAAGGUUUUCAUGGAUCUGACCAGUCGGAUGAUAAUUUGAGGGUACAUGCGGAGAAAAUAGGUUAUCCUGUCAUGCUCAAGGCUGUUUACGGAGGUGGUGGCAAGGGUAUGAGAAUUGCUUGGUCUCCGUCGGAGUUCAGCGAGAAGCUCGCCUCUGCUAGAAAUGAGGCCAUGAAAUCUUUUGGAAAUGAUGAGAUGCUUGUUGAGAAGUUUGUCGAGAGGCCUCGUCAUGUGGAAGUGCAAGUGUUUGGUGACCAUCAUAAUAACUACGUCCAUCUAUGGGAGCGCGAUUGUUCUGUUCAAAGAAGGCAUCAGAAAAUUAUCGAAGAAGCUCCGGCGCCUCUCAUUAGUAAGUUGCACUAUCCUCAUUCAGUCAACCCAGUUUCUUUGGGUAAAAAUGAAACGCGGAUUCGACUUGGAGAGUCCGCUGUGCGGGCUGCAGCUGCUGUCGGCUAUGUGGGAGCCGGUACAGUCGAGUUCAUCCUAGAUCCAAAGGGUGAUUUUUACUUCAUGGAGAUGAAUACUCGUCUACAAGUUGAACACCCAAUCACUGAAGCUAUCACUGGUACUGAUCUUGUGGAAUGGCAAUUGAAGAUUGCUCAAGGGGAAAAACUACCUUUGCGACAGGACCAAAUACCACUAAAAGGUCACGCAUUUGAGUGCAGAGUAUAUGCAGAAGACACUGAGGGAGGGAAAUUCAUGCCCACUGCUGGUAAACUUGACUACGUGUCCUUCCCAAAUGACGCACGUGUGGACACCGGUGUUGUCUCCGGAGAUGAAGUUUCUGUGCACUACGACCCUAUGAUUGCUAAGGUCGUUGUAUGGGCAGAAGAUCGUGCUAGUGCUGCAGCAAAGCUGGAUUCGGCAUUGUCUCGAACGCUGAUUAGUGGCUUGCCUACAAAUAUCAGUUUUGUGCGGACUGUUUUGAAGCAUCCCGAGUUUGUGAAGGGUAAUGUGUAUACCGAUUUCAUCCCUGACCAUCAGAAAGAGCUCUUUGCCGUGAAAAAGGGAUCGCCUGAGGAGGUUGUGGAAGGUGCAGUGGGUCUUGCACUUCUCUCCCGUCCACGUCAUCCAAAAGGCCCCUUUGAGCAGAUUGCAUUCUUCCGAGUAAAUCAUCCUUUGGAACAAACGUACAAACUGGGUGAAAAGGAAGUAGUGAUGGCUCAUCUUAGCGAUACUGAAAAGCAAGUGUCCUUUGAUGGACAAGUGAAGUCUGUUACCGUAAGCAACGUGAGCGUUGACGAUAAGGGAGUAUGUUACACUCUCGAAUCUGAUGGUCAUCGUUGGAAAGCUGAGGCAAUUCGUCUCCAAAACUCAGCGCUUGUACUAGGUGCUGGUCAGUCAGAGUACAACCUGUCAUCACCCGACAGCUUUGAAGGUGGCGAUACUGCAACUGGCACUGGCAUGAUCAAGUCUUCCCACGCACCAAUGCCAGGAAUCAUCGAAAAAGUCCUCGUGAAAGCGGGAGAUAGAAGUGACGCUCUUGUCGUAAUGACUGCGAUGAAAAUGGAAUAUAUCAUCAGGGCUCCUGCGAACUGCAAAAUUGCUUCAGUCUCUUGUACUCCUGGGAUGAAUGUUGCCAAAAAUGCCCUUUUGGUAAAGUUUGCUUCAGCCGAUGCAGAUCAGGUGGAGUCGAAAGCGACGGCUUAGUGUGGAUAAAGCAAGAAUUGCCCACCUGUCUUUUUAGGAAAUGACUUUUUUAAAAUUUUUUACAUGUUUUAGCUUGUUAUGCAGAGAAGCCUCAUUUUUUAUACCUCGUUCUAGUCUCAUGUGUUCUUACUACUUACCUCAGCUCCUAAUCAAACCUCCGAGUGAAUCAGAUCCGUCUGUUUCCUAUCGAUCUGAUUUCAACUGCAUCUGAUGUGAUAUAUAAUUUGCUCAUUGUGCUACCUCAUAUCAAUAACAUCAGGAAUAUGGCCUUUUAUGUUGUCAUUUAUUAGGUGCUAAGCAGUAUAAAUAGACUUUAUUCAAUUUAUUACUUAAUUACGAUGGGCAAGAACGCAAUAGUAAAUUAAGGCACAAU